AUGGCUGACCACAUAUGGGACCAACCCCCUCGCCUCACCACCGCUCCCAUCUUCGACGACCAAGUCUAUCUCGCAGAGGCCCUGGGCCUGCCUGCCCACCAGACAGAGGACGACCUGGAUGCCGAGCUCGUCGUGCUUGCCCGCGACGCUGGCAUCCAGGAUCCCUAUCGCUUCAUGCCUUCGCCAGCAACAGUCUCGCGCGCCAUGUCCACCAUGACGCUCGACAGCGACCAGACAAGUUCGCGCUCGAUGCACUCCCAGGAGACCCAGUCUACGGGCUUCACCUCGGCCCCUUCCCGUACGUCUCGGGACCAUGUCUACUCUACAGACCAUGUCUCGGCCAAGAGGAUGCCUCCAGUCCUUGUCCAGGCUUCUCAGCUGGCAGACAAUUGCCAGCAACCCAUUGAACGUGCAGAGCCUGCCGCUCGACCAUCACUGUCCUCCGGCACGGCCACUUCAUCUUCUGUGACUUCCAAAGCAUCUUCUUCCCAGCACGAGCAUACCCGCAAAAAGCGAGGCUCGGCCCUAUUCUCUUUGCUUCGGAAAGAAGCGAGAUACUUUGCCACCACUGGCCUCCAUUCACGUAAUGUCACAACGCAUGCUCAUAGUUGCCCUUCGGCAUUGCAUCGCAAAGCCCCGGCCAAGUCCAUGUCUGCAGACGAGCUGGGUCUUCUUGCGGGAGUCGAUACCAAAGCAUCAGCUGUAUCACUAGACGCACCGUCACCUCCACAUGAGGGUCCUCAGAUUUCCAAGACAUCUUCUUCAGAAUCCAGCAUGACAGCUCGACAUGUGGACCAAGAACCAACCAGCACUGACUCUGCCCUAGCGUUAGAAGCAUUCAAGACCUUCAGGGUUCAGCAGAAGGAACAAUGGGAUAGAGUGUCGACAUUUGAGAGCAUCCAAAGAAAAGCCCUCGCAGCACACUAUCGAUGCGAACUGGAGCGACUACAAGUAAAUUAUGAGGCCCGUAAGAAGGAACGCAUGAAGCAGCACUUAGAUGAUGUUGAUCGAUUAGAGGAACGGCAGGUGCUAGCUGAACACGACCUCCUGGAAACCCAAGCCCAGGAAACACAAAAUGUAGCGACAGCACUAAAGUAUAUCGAGGCCUACUGCCUCGGAACCAACACCUCACAAGAGCAAACCCACACCGUAACCGAAGAUGACUUCAAAAAGCUCCAUCACCAAAAAAUGCUCCAACAAGGCCUCCCCCGAAAACACACGAGCGCCAUCAACGUCCUCCGCGCGCGCCAAGAAGUUGACUUCAAGCGCCGCCUCGAAACUCAAGAAGCCGAGCUCCGCCAACUAGACCUUGACCUGAAGAAAGAAGAAUCCGCCAAGGAAGCAGAAUACAAAAAAGACGUCGAACACCUCGAAUCCCUCAUUGAAGCCCGCAGAAGACGUCUCCAGCAGCGAUGGGAGCUCCGCUUUGAAAUGUGGAGGCUCGACUGGCAGAAUCAGCACAAGAUGACAAUUGUGCAUAAGCUGGAACACGAAGAGUGGCCGCAGAGGGCCAGAGAAGGAGACGAGGGAGAAGAUGACGUCAGUGCGAUUCCUGAUGCAAGUGCUUUGGCGCAAUUUGCGAAAGUGGCUGCGUAA